GUAUUGCGCAUGUCCAUGUCGAAUUCGUCAUUCAUCGUUCAUUGUGGCCGACAUUGCAAAAUUUAGACUUUCCACGAUAUUAUAAUUUGUCUGAAAAAGUACUUUUAUCAAUACAAAAUGCCGAAUCAAGUAUUGACUAUAGAACCAUCAAAUGAGCUGAAAUUUAAAGUUGAUUCUUCAGGGCUCUUUGAACAAUCUUGCACCACUUAUAUGAGGUUAUCUAAUCCUACCAGUGAUACUGUUCUAUUCAAAAUAAAGACAACUGCACCCAAGAAGUAUUAUGUGCGACCUAAUUCCGGACUUCUUGAUCCUUACUCUAAAGUAGAGAUUGCAAUUACUCCACAGCCUGUGCAUGUUGAGCCCAAUGAAAGACACAAGCAUAAGUUUAUGGUUCAAAGUGUUAUUGCUCCUGAGGGCAAGACUAACAUAGAGCAAGUGUGGAAGGAGAUCAGCCCUGAUCAAUUAAUGGACUAUAAGCUGCGCUGUGUCUUUGAAAUUCCGAGUGGAGCUAAUGAUUCUGGUGAUACAUCUGUACUAAAUGAAGGUGUUAAGAAGAGAGUUGCUGUUACUGAUGAUCUCAAAACACAGUCUCCUCUUUCAACCCAUUUAUCUUCUACAAAGGAGGCUGUUGAAGGUCUCAUCCAGAAUGAAGCAAAGAGGAAGGAUGAAAGUCAAGCUGAUGGAUUGCCCAUGGCUAAGUCGGAUGUUUUCAAUACUGACUUCAUUCGUUUAAAAGAGGAUUGUGCUAAAAUACGACAAGAAAAUCUUCAAUUAAGAGAGGAGUUGCUCCGUCUUCAACAGCAGGGAUGGGCUGAAGACCGUCAGACGCGCAGUCACUCGUACGGCCCCGAGAAGGAAGACCAACAGCCUGUCAUGCCGUGGAUAGCCAUUGCGUUUGCUAUGGCACUCCUCGGUAUUGUAAUCGGAAAGUUCAUUAUGUGAAUACACGCCCCCUUUCCCCCACGUCGCGGUAAACUUCACACCAAUCAACGCUGUACUACCCCCAAAAAGCAAACGCUCCCGUUGAUUGUUUAAGUUUUAUAUAAUUUGCCUUAUAGUAGUUUUAAUGUGUUAGUGUUACUUCUGCACUCGGAAACUUUUAUAACGCUAUUUCUAUGAUGUACGCUUAUAUUGGUGAAAAAAUUGAAGUGGAAGUUAAUUAAACAUAUGAACAUUGAAAUUUCUAUCCUGAAACGACCGAAUCGUUAAAUUGUAUUAAUUUUAAGACAUAUGACAUGAUACGAAUACUAUAAUUUCUUAAAUUGUAGAUACUUUUUAUAAAACUUAAUAAAUUUAGUGUUAAAAUUUAUUUCAUAAACAUUAUAUUAAUUACAUGCAUUUAACAUUGCAAUCUCCGGUUGCUAAGUUGCAUGUUAAAUGCGGUACUUAUUUGUGUGUUAUUCGGUGUUGUCUCGCUAAUUAUUAAUCUAAUCUGAUUGCCGAUUGGCCGGAUCCACACCGAUUAUCCAUUUCGGAUCGGCGCUCCGCGAUUUACUAUCGAAGAUUCGUGAACCUCAAUCUCGUACUCCUUUCGAUACUUGCGGUCAUCCGCCGCGCGCACCGCUCUUUCACGCUCCAGCUAAUCUAUACUGAAUUAUUCUAAGGCCAUCGACACGAGAUAAAGAAUGCAAACAAACAGACCAAUACUUGAAUUACGUUGCGAUCGAUCACUCUUACUAGUAAUGGGACAGUUCGUCGAUGACAGCUGUCGUUGCGUGUUUAAUGGUACAGGAAAGCAGUUGGUACCGCAGUUGACAACAUUUGGUCCGCCAUUUUGUGAUCAAAUUCAUUUCUGUUUGGAUUGCGUUCGAAGUGAUACGUAUUUUUUCGUUUCCGUAUUUAAUUAUUUUUUUUGUUAUUAUUAAUCCGUUACUGUUACUUUUAUUGUUGAUUUUUGCUGUUAUACUGAGUAAGUGUUGAUUGUAAUUAUGGAAUCACAGCCUGGCAGCUCUAGACAACCAUUGUAAUAUGUCAAUUCUUUUCAAUGUUUAAAGAUAUCGAUGAAAAUGUUUUGAACCCCUGAAGCCUUGUUUACAUUCUUUACCUCGUCUUGUUAGCCUUACUAUUAACAGUUAAUAGUAAUCUCGCUAUGGUCUCCAAUACAUGCGGUAUGUGCAACAGCGGCGAUAAUCUUCACGAAUGGAUGCAAAUGGAUUUAUUUACUUAACUAAUAGUAGGGUAUACGACUUUGUUUUUCCGACGUUUUCAUUUUUUCUCUAUUUCCCACAUCCCUAUUUGUGUAUUGCAAUAGUAUAGUAGAAACGAAUCGUCCGGUGUGGAACCGGUUAGUGUUUUCUGUCGAUACAAACGUGCCUUGAUUACAAUAAAUAGUAAACGAUAAUAUUCAGGUAAUCAUAAUAUUCAAUUUAAUAAUAGUUAUAUUAUUCAAUGGUGAUUUAAAACAUACGGAUUAUAAAAAGAGUACAUGAAAUAUAUUAAUACAGGUGAAACCAUUUAUUAUUUACAUCAAUUAAACUUUUUAUUAUAGUUUUAGUUGAAUGGUACAAUUUAUUUCUGCACUUUUCAGCAAGAUUGUUGUAUAAUGUUAAUGGGGAGUAUAAACCAACGAGUUGGGUAAGCUUGGUGUAAAGUGUUGAUUAUAAUACAUUUGGCAACUAUAAGAGAACAGAGCUAUAAUACUAUUCAGUAAUAAAUGAUUAUCAAUUAAAACUAUGCGCAUUGUGAUCGAUAAUAAUUCACAGACCUAUGAAAAUGUAAUUAUAACUAAGCGACGUUAAAACAUAUGAGUUGGUACUCUUUAAAACAAAAAAAAAAUCAAUUUAGGCCAGGACACGCGUAUCCCGAGCGUGUCACUGGACCAUAUCGAUUUAAUAUAUUUUUUCUAUACCACAUGUCUGUUUAUCAAAUUGUAUCUAUUAUAGUUGUGAAAUUGUAAAGAGAUAUUUCGCCGCGACACUAAACGUAGAUUUGACUUAUUAUAAUAUUUAGAAAUGUAAUUGUUUAUCCUGCAACGCGUUCACUGGUCUGCAUUACGAAAUAUGUUUUCAUCAAUAAAUACGUUUUAUAACAAUAAUUUUAAUCAUUUAAGCUAUGUAAAGCAAGCAAUUGUAAGAUGGUAUAUGGCGGUAGUUUAUGCUCUUCGAUAUAAUUAAUAACACAGUCUUGUUCUAGAACAACAUUAGUAUUAAAAAUAAAUAAAGGUGUGCAACAUUUGUUGGGUUAUAAACAAUAUGGACGUCAUCUCUAAAUUAUUUGUAUGGUAUUGUUGUUAUUUAAACUAUUACGCUAUAUUGUAUCGUUUUUCUGAAAUAAAAGACUUAAUUUA